AUGCCAUGCCAAAGUUCUUCAUCUUCAGUUCAUGACCUGCACAUUCAUACAAAAAAAAUCCAAGUCAAUACAAGCAAUCAUACAAAAAUACCCCCAUUCCCACCGCUACCCUCAUUUCACACAGUAUCACAAAAAAAAGCUGCCUCCUCCUCGACAUCAGACAAUAAUAGCUCAUUCAGAGGAGAUGAAGACGAGCAUGUGGAACUGCAAGCUCCCUUUUCAGAUUCUCAAUCUACUGGAAAAUCCUCUAAGUCAAAUGUAAAUAGUUCUUCCAUGAAAGAUAAAUCUUAUUUACCUCACUAUGAUUCAUUGAGCACUGUGGUUGAAAAUGUACAAUCAGAACCUAUUUUAUUCUCAACUACUAAAUAUCAUGAAGCAGAGAUUGAAGGCUUGCCAUCCAACCAGCUUCCAGAAAUUGUUGAGUUUCAAAAUACAGAUAAUAGAAAGUUUGUCAUGUCUGAUGAUGCCCAUGUUCAUGAAGAAGGGGUUUCUGACUCUCGGCAAACAAAUUCUGAGCUGUUGACUUCAGGAAAGAUGUUGUGUUCUGAUCUUGAACCUACCAAACCAGUGACGCUACCUGCAGUGAUUCAGUCAGAAUCUACUAGUUAUGGCCAGAAUGAUCUUAUACAGAAUGACACAAAUAGUUUUUCAUCUACACCUGAUAACAAGUUGGAGUUUGAAACUUAUUUUGAGCCACACUUACAAUGUCAACUUGGUGAACAGGAUGGAGAGUUUCCACUCAAUUACGAGGAAAACUUUGGCUCUGAGAAAUCUCAAUCUCAGCAGAUGCAUAUAAAUCAAAUGAAGCAAGAAGGCACUCAUGCUACUUCUGAAUCUGUCUCAAACCCCUGCAGAUGA